AUGCCCUGUAACUGCCGUCACGGCACAGGAUCUCACGAUCACCUGCGGGAUGGCUUUCUUCAAGGAGGUGUCCUCGGUAUAGGAUCGCCUUUAAAUGAGCAGGUGGAUCUGCCUUUUUUGCAGCUGUGGAAUGCAAGACACAGCGCCUCUGAAGCGGCUCGUCUUUUCGAUCCCAAAAUGGAGGAUAAUCAAGAACCUAUCUGUAGCGACGCUGACCCUGAGCUCUUGUUUUUGGUGCCUCUCAAGCAAGUUUGCCGCGUAAGAGGCAUUUCCAUUCUGGGAACCAACGAUGACUUUUCUCCAGCAGAAGUAAAAUUAUUCUGUAAUCCCACUGACGUUGUGGGUUUUGACUCGGUCCGUCGAUUGCAACCGCAGGAGGAAGUUCAGUUGGCCCAAGUCCCAGAGGGGGAUCGAAUAGUAUACCGCCUGAACCCGGCGAAAUUUUCCAACUGCUCGAGCCUGGGACUUUUUUUUGAGCGGAGUUUUGGGGAGGAUGAAACGCACUUACUUCGCAUCGACCUUUUCGGUGAAUCCACGGGGAGGUCCGUUCAUCAAGAAUUGGCUACCAAUAUAGUGUACGAGGCCCAAGCAAAUCCAGCGGACCACAAAGUGGCCGAUGAACGUUUGAAACCUUUUACAGUGCUCUAG